AUGCACAACUUGGACUACGAACAGGCUGUUGAGGUUUUUAAGAACACUGGACAAGUGGUCAGGUUGAAGAUGGAGAGAAACUUUCUACCCAAUUUCAACAGCAACAACAAUGUUUGUGUCGUUUGUACUACUGGACUUUUAAAAAAUUAUAUUUCACAUGACCAGCAGGAAGAUACCAUCAAGGAGCUGCAAACAUUCUGGAAGUCGCAAGUGGGCAGCAAUUAUGACAUCAUCGUGGCCAAAAUAAUGAAGCAAUCAGACUCGAGCUCUCUUGGCAUUGGAUUGGACACACGUACCAUAAAGAACAUCAAACAGAAAAAUAAUGAUGAUGAUAAUAACAACGAUGAUGAUGAUGGCGGUGGUGAUGGUGGUAGCGAUACAUACCGUCAUUAUUUGGUUAACAUUAAUCCAGAUGGAGUGGUGGCCAGGCAGGGGUGUUUGAAAGAGGGAGAUCUUCUGUUGCAGGUGGACCAGUAUGCCUUGUUCGACAUGCCGCACGCACAAGUUGUUCACAUUCUGAAGAAUCUUUCUCAAUUUGUCGUCAUGGUCUGUGGACGGCUGUCUCUGGAUGGUGCUGAUGAUGAUGUUGCUGAUGCUGAUGAUGACUAUGGCAGACCAGUUCAGGACGAGGCAACGAAAUUGAAUGCAUCAAACUCGUUGAAAAGUGACGACAUCAAAAUUCCGUUCGCUUUGAAAAACAAUUACAUCGUCGGAAGCGGCACUACAUCAACAGAAACUUUCAACCCGGCUAAUAUGAAAAACAGAUCAAAACCUCUCAAACCAGUUCUACUCGCAACUGCGCUGAAUGCACACGGAACAACAACAUCUACAUCGACCAUAAUAUCUGAAACGAACUCCUCAAACUUAACAACGCAGUUCACACAAAGUUCAACAACAAAUUUUCACAAUCUGACAACAACUACUUCAACAUCAGCAGAUGCCACGCAAUCAGCAUCACCUGCCUCGAAAGACGUUGCCACUGAAGACGAAGUUUGGGACAGUUUCGAGCAGUUGGCUCUCAUUUCGAACGCCGGUCCACAUAUCAAUGAAGAUAUUUUAAAUAGAGUUGCACUUUCAAACGGGUUCGUCAAUUCAAAUAACUUCGAAACUGUUAAUGGUUACAUCGAGAAAUCUGCAUACCACGAAGACAUGAGCCAGCCAAUCAGUACUACCAGAGCAACAGCUGACGUAAGAAACAACAUCACCGCCAAUAACCAGCCAGCAAGUGAUGGGGUCGCUAGUUCAGACAUGGGCAACAAAACGAACAGCAACUUCAACACGAACGUCAUCAGGAGGAAAUCCUUAUCAGACCCGCAAACAUUCUCCAACCUGUUCAGGAAUGGAUGGAGUGACCAACCUGUCUACGUGGACCUCUUGAAGGAGGACCGGGGACUGGGAUUCAGUGUUUUCCAUUACUCGAGCCCAAAAAAUGGCGAAGCACUCCUGACAAACGGCCAAGCAAAAACGAAUGACGAAAUAGAGAGCUUAAUUUUGAUCCGCAGCUUGGUGGCUGGAGGUGCAGCAGAGGUGGAUGGACGUCUGCAACCAGGCGAUCAACUCAUUUCAGUCAACAACACUCCGAUUCUCAGAUCCAACUUGGAAGUUGCCCUGACGGCUUUGAAGCAAGUUCCGCGAGGCCUCAUAAGGAUCGGAGUCUUGAAACCUCUGAAGUUUGAAGAUGACCAGUGUAUGAAAUUCGGUGACGAGAUUCUCAAAGAAAAAAUGGUCGAAAAUGACGUUGGUAUUGAUAUAACUAGUCUUAUGAUAAGUCCUAUAAAGGAUACAUUGCUUUCUAACAGCCCAACAACCGUUGAAACGACUAAAUUAUCUCCCACAAUAGCGACAACAAACUCUAGUUUCAAAACUCAAAAUCUGCCGCAUGAUCAACCAGUGAACUUACUUUUCUAUCCAACGGCUACUACAGUAUUUUCAAAGCCUAUUGCAACGGCCUCAGCAACAUUAUUAGUUGACAAUAACAUCACAAUUUCAUCUUCUAAUUCAAAUUCGACCAACUCACCGCCGACUAAAACACCUCCUGCCAUUCCGCCCAAACCAACAGUCCGCAAAUACUCCCCAGUCUCAACAUCUGCAGCCACGUAUCCAACAACAUCUCUAACAACAACAACGUCGACAUCAUUUGCAACUGCAACGAAUACGACAGCUACCAUAGUUAAACCUGCGAGGUCAAAGCAUUCGAGUGUCAGUUCAUUAAAUUCAUCCGCUGUAUCGUCAACAGGCUCGAUGCAGACCGAACAAAACUUGCCAACAUCAGUAACGAUUUCAACGGAAACACCUUUAAAAUCAUCUUCAUCGAAACUAGCGCCAUCCACUCCAACAACUCCUCCAACAACAUCAACAUCAACAACUCCUACAACAACAACAUCAACAACAACAACAUCAACAACCAUAUCACCACCUCGAACAACGGCAAGAACGUCGACAGCAGCAACAGCCGCAACAGCAGCAGCAUUGAAACAUCUUGAGAAGAGAUUGGUAGAUGUGCAGAAGAGACCAGGUCAGAGUCUGGGGAUCACUAUUGUGGGGGGUCGUUCCAUCGGAGGCCUGCAUGAUGGGGUAUAUGUGAAGAACGUUAAUGAGAAAGGGACGGCCUACAAACGAUUGAAGACUGGUGACCACAUAUUGGAGGUGAAUGGAAUGAACUGCAGGGAUGCCAGCCACGAAGAGACGGUCGAAAUGAUCAAAAACGCCUCCAGUCCCGUCUGGUUUCUUGUUGAAAAUGAUAACUUUGAAACAUUUUUAGAGAUUCCCGGUCCCAUCCAGCAGAAGUAUGGUCAUUUGAAAGGCACGUUGCAUUCCAUCAACAUUGUUCUGGAAUCGCCUGGAUCUAGCUUGGGAUUGAUUCUGGCGGGAAACAAAAAUUUGGAUCAGAUGAACACCUUCGUGGCUGCAAUCCAGAAGGAAUCUGCGGCUGAAAACGAUGGCAGACUGCAACCUGGAGAUGAACUUCUUGAGAUAAACGGUCAUGUUGUCCAUGAGAGGAGUCACCUGAACGCAUCUUACAUCAUCAAAUCUAUAUCUUCGCCAGACAUCAAUAUCGUCUUUCUCAGAUCUCCGGAGAACAAGGAGAAGAUGGCGUUGAAUCCAAAAAGUCCAUUGUUACAGUCGAAAAUAUUGGACAAACCAAGAUUAAGCUUGGGAAACAUCGGGAAAGAAAAUGUGGACGAUUCCUCCAUGCUUCUAAAGGUGAAAAAGGAAGAUAUAAAAAAAGCCAAAAGUUCAGAAUAUCUUCAUGUUCCGGGUGUUUUGCCGUUCACCAUUCCUCCACUGUUGAGUGCGAGUGAAUCAAGCCACCACAGCUUUACCACGCUAGCCACAUCUUCGAAUGAAUCCUUGAACGCCAGGAGGGGUUCAAAUGAUUUUGUCAAUGCAAACGCAUCGGUCGGCAGCAGACGAGGAAGCAGAGUUUCUCUGACGAACGAACUGGAAGAUUUGAAACAGUACGAUAAUCUGGAAACCAUCGAACUUUCCAGGGAGAACAAUGAGCUUGGAAUCAGCAUCAUUGGCGGCAGUGAUACGUUAUUGGGAGCCAUUGUGGUGAAUGACAUAUACAAGAACGGGGCAGCCGAUAAAGAUGGCAGGUUGAAGGUGGGAGACACCAUUUUAAAGGUGAAUGGCACAAACACCGAACUAGUAACUCGAGAGAUGGCCAUGACCUUGCUGCGCCAGGGUCCGGGGAAGGUGGUCCUGAUGGUCAGCCACUUCAAAGGGAACGACCAAGCCAUUAAGGAUGAGUAUUAUGAUUACUUGAAGAUUGACCUGCACAAGAAGCCAGGUCAGAGCAUCGGGAUCACCAUCAUCGGCAAGCACCAGGACUCGGACGUUCAUAUUUGCGAUCUGGUUAAAGGGGGCUUGGCGGAAGCAGAUGGUCGUUUGAAGCCUGGCGAUCAAAUUUUGAUGAUAAACAAGCAAACAUUCAAAGGCCAAGCUGCAGCGGCUGAACUUCUCAAGACAGCAAAAGGCAUCACGCUGUUGGACGUGAGGAGGCUGAAAAAUGACAAGUCAUCAUCCCGUCUCAGUGACUCUGGUUCCAACAUUCCUGACAAACUCGCCAGACGACAUCCGAACGCCAACCUAAUAAACGUGAAACUGACACGUUUUGAAAGAGGGCUGAUCAUGUUGGAUCUGGAAAGCGAGGAACUUGGUGCUUUCGAACAAGGAUUUCAACAAACCUCUAUUAAGAACAUCAGCGGACAUGAAGCCACCUCCAGAAGAUUUCAUGUGAACGACUACAUAUUGAGCGUGAACGAGCAGACGACUGAUUGCAUGUCGGCCAGUGACGUCAUACGAUGCAUUCAAGGGGCACAUGAUGACGUCACUCUGGAAGUGUUGCGAGAAUCAACGCAGAAACAGGACACGAAAAAAUCAAAGCAGGCAUUUGGUUUCCACCACGCUAAUUACAACAGGGAGAGGCCAGGCAGCGAUGGGCGCCAGAAUAACGCGGAGGACCGCAUAAAGAUCGUGACGCUGGACAGAGGGGCUGAUGGAUACGGCUUCACCAUCGUUGGAGGGUCGGAGAAAAAUCUUCCGAUCUACGUAAAAAAUAUUUUUGAAGGCGGUCCGGCACACAGGGAUGGGCGCUUGAAGAAGGGAGACAUCCUGGCAGCGGUCAAUGGAGAGUCGUUGCACGGUUUGAAGCAUCAUGAAGCGCUCAACUUGUUGAAACUGCAAAACAAAACUAUCAUAUUGAUGGUCAUCGAAAGAUGAGUGCCAGCAUUCACGAUAAUUGGAGUUAAUAGAUUUGUUUAUUUCUAAAUUUUAAUAUAUUCGUGAUAAUUUUUGAAAUUAUUGACUCAAUGAUGAUUUUUUACUUGAAACUGUCGGUAGGUGUCACGAAUUUCACGUAAUUGUUUGUCACCGUUUUAUGCACAUUCCGUUUAUACACACCCUUCGUUUGGAUAUAAUUUCUUUAACAUAUGCAUGCAUAACUUUUAAAUUUAUUUCUGGUUAAUAACUUUGCUACGACAUUCCAGAACUUGUACAUUAACGCUGAUUACUCCGCCAUUUAAUUAUCAUUUAUGUUAAUUAUUCUAUGUUGAUUAUUAAUUAUUCUCCAAAUGAUCGUUGCCCUCAACUCUUCUGAUCAAUGUGAACUUUCGACGGAUUACUCAGAUUUAGCGAGUUUCAAGAUCAUUACACUGUCAAUUAAUUUAAUUAUAUAAUUUUAGCUUUAUUUUUUUAAUUUAAACACCUUUCAAAUUAUUUGAUUUACAAUUGAUAAAUAAAACUAAACCCACGAUUUUUCAU